AUGGCCUCCUCCUUCAAGCUCUCCCUUGUCCUCCUCGCCGUGUGCCUCGCCGCAGGGUCAGCUUCCCUCCUCAAGGACUUCUCCAUCGUCGGCUAUUCGGAGGAGGACCUCGCCUCCCAUGACAGACUGCUCGAGCUUUUCGAGUCAUGGAUGUCUAAACACGGCCGGGUCUACGAGAGCUUGGAGGAGAAGCUGCGGAGGUUCCAGGUGUUCAAGGGAAACCUGCUCCAUAUUGACCAGACCAAUAGGAGGAGGGCGAGUUACUGGCUGGGGCUCAACGAAUUUGCCGACCUGAGUCACGACGAGUUCAAGGCCAUGUACCUCGGGGUGAAGGUCAAUGCGGCGAGGGAGAGGAGGGCCUCCUCCUCCGGCGAGGGAUCCUUCCGGUAUGCUGCCGUUCAGUCCCUGCCCAAGGCAGUGGACUGGAGAAAGAAGGGGGCUGUCACUCGUGUGAAAAACCAGGGCGCAUGCGGUAAGAGUUCGAACGAUUUCACAGGCUUAGUUCAAUUAGAACCAAGUUUCAGUAGAGUUAAUAAAUAGUGCAAGAUCAUUAAACGUAGGUUUUCUCCUGUUAUUUUAUAUUACUAACUUAAAAUAACAGGAAGAUCUUAAUGGUUGGUGAUUAUGGGUGCUCAGGCAGCUGCUGGGCUUUCUCCACGGUGGCCGCUGUGGAGGGAAUUAACCAGAUCGUUACCGGGAACUUGACGACGCUAUCGGAGCAGGAGCUCGUUGAUUGUGACUCGCUCAACAGCGGAUGCAGCGGUGGCCUCAUGGACAACGCCUUCUCCUUCAUCGUCUCCAAUGGCGGCCUCCACACCGAGGACGACUACCCUUACCUCAUGGAGGAGGGUACCUGCGAUGAAAAGAGAGUAAUUCUCUCUCUCUCUCUCUCUCUCUCUCUCUCUCUCUCUCUCUCUCUCUCUCUCUCUCUCUCUCUCUCUCUCUCUCUCUCUCUCUCUCUCUCUCUCCUCACUCAAAACUCGUCCUUUUUCACUUUGGGGUGCAGGAGGAGCUAGAUGUCGUGACCAUUAAUGGAUAUGAGGAUGUCCCGGUUAACAGUGAGGAGAGCCUCCUGAAGGCACUGGCGCAUCAACCCGUGAGCGUCGCCAUUGAGGCCUCCAAUAGAGACUUCCAGUUCUACAGCGGGGUUCGUAUGAUUGUUCGUUCUUGCAGUAAUCAGACUCAGUAGAGUCUCUUCGUCAGGGUUUUCAACUGCCUCGGCCUAAGCUGGGGCUUUAAUAAGGCUGAUCCAAGCCCUCUACAUGGAGUCUUACACCUGGCUGCCCUACCUCAUGUCCGGGAUGGUUGAUUUUUGUCCAGUAAAGAGUUGGCCGGCUACAUGGAGGUCCACCUAGACGUCUCUCGUCCAGUUUUGUCCUUAUAUUUUAAUCGUUACAGCUAGGCAGUUCCUUGUUCAAUAUAGCCUCUAUUUUCCACUCAAUUUUUCACAAUUUUUAAAUUACUAUAAAAGGAAAAUUGCACCAUUUUUCAGAAAAACCCCUAGGCAGGGUCUAACGUAUGUGCUAUGGUAUCUAUAUACCCUCACUUAUUAAGUCUCUCGCUAAAUGCUCUUUAUUUUUAUUUUUUCUUUCUAUUCUACAUCUUGUGGCAUUUCCCUUUUUAAUUGUACAUUUUUUUUGUAAAUGAAGGUGAAAUUUAUCAGUACAUGUAAUAUUGAAAUUUCUAAAUAGGUGUCUUAUUUCUCAAAUCAUUAUUUAACUUUAUUCCCUGUCAUGCAUGCAAAUGGCGACAGGGAGUCUUUGACGGGCCCUGUGGGACAGAACUGGACCACGGGGUGGCGGCUGUUGGGUACGGGUCAUCAAAAGGCCAGGACUACAUCAUUGUGAAGAACUCAUGGGGGUCCAAGUGGGGCGAGAAGGGCUACAUCAGGAUGAAGAGGAACACUGGCAACCCAGAGGGCCUUUGUGGGAUUAACAAAAUGGCCUCUUAUCCCACCAAGUGA